UGAAUUUAUCAACUGGGAAGUCAGGGAACGAAGAAAACCACUGUUCUGUAAAUUCUUGUGUAUAUAUCCACAAGAAGACACAAGAAAAGCUCACGAUGGUUUAGCAGAGUUCAGGUUUUUGGAAAGGACUUCUGUAUCAGAAGCCAUAAGUGACUGGUCCUCGUCUGUAUAGACGAUCAUUGGUGAUUGCAUCAGUAGGAAGGACGGGACUUGUCGGUCGGCGGCCUGUCAUGGAUAGGACGGCCGUGGUGAAGGUCGGAGCCGCGGCCACCGCCAGUGUGUGUGCUUUGUUCAGCGGGGUGGUUCUGGCCCAGUACAUCGUUGCCAAAAAGAAGCGAGCUGGGAAGAAAACCAGAAUCAUAGAGAUGAUGCCGCAAUUCGAGAAGACCACAGUCCACAUGAAGGACCCUGAGAGGGUGGAGCACAUCAUCUGCGGCCUCAUCAAAGGAGGAGCUUCCAAACUGCAGAUCAUCACAGACUUCGACAUGACGUUAAGCAAAUUCUCUGUUAACGGCAAACGCUGUCCAACAUGUCACAAUAUCAUUGAUAACUGCAAAUUGGUAACAGAAGAGUGCAGGCAGAAGUUGCUACAGUUGAAGAAUAAAUACUAUCCCAUUGAGAUCGACCCUCACCUCACCAUGGAGGAGAAAUACCCGUUUAUGGUAGAGUGGUAUUUCAAAUCUCACUCGCUGCUUGUGGAGCAGCGGUUAGAGAAAGACAAGCUUCCAGAGGUGGUCAGAGAGUCUGAUGUUGCCCUCAGAGAAGGCUUUGAGCAGUUCUUUGAUCGCCUGCAUCAGCACAAUGUUCCUGUAUUCAUUUUCUCCGCUGGCCUAGGAGAUGUCCUAGAGGAAAUCAUCCACCAGGCCGGAGUCUACCACCCCAACAUCAAGGUUGUCUCCAACUUCAUGGACUUCGAUGACAAUGGCGUCCUGAAGGGAUUUAAAGGUGAGCUGAUCCACGUGUACAACAAACAUGACGGUGCCCUGCGGAACACAGACUACUUCAAACAACUCAAGGAGUACUCCAACAUCAUCCUGUUGGGUGAUUCACUGGGAGACCUCACUAUGGCUGACGGUGCGCCCAAUGUGGAGAACAUCCUAAAGAUCGGCUUCCUCAAUGACAAGGUGGAGGAACGGCUGGACAAAUAUCUGGACUCUUAUGACAUUGUUCUGGUGAAGGACGAGACUUUGGAAGUCCCCAACGCCAUCCUCCAGAAGGUUCUAUAAUUCCAUCUCCAACUUGACCCCAAAACCACACCACACCCAGUCCACCUCUCUGUUCCCAUCAGCUCCCAUCAUCCUCCUUCAACCUGGAGCCAGUCAGACUCUUAACAUCCAUCGGAACCGCCUCCACUUUCUCUGUCUCAAAAGACUUUUUACAUCUCUUGAAUGAACCGUUUUAAAGUCCACUCGGCAUCCACAGACUGUCUCUGGUGUGUUUUGUCUGCUGCAGUAGUUUCUGAUGUUCUCUCCCUAUAUAUAUUUUUAUGAAGUAAUAGCAAAAACUGAGGUUUAAAAAAACACAAGCUCUCACUCCAUCUGAAUAAUUUGCACAGUAUUGUUAGCAUAGUUUUUCCUGGGAAUAUUUUUAUUAAAGUAAUGUUUGGGAUGCCCGCAGAUGUAUGACACUGUUUUUUGGAGCUAUCCCAGCAUGCCCGUCACCUCAGUUAUUCUGUGCAAAUUUGCUGUUCUGUGUCAACAGGUCCGUUUUGCAAAGCGAGCUGUUGUUGUUAAACAUGCCACACAUCUGUAUGGAUAUAGUAAAUCUUAACGGGUGUGAAAGAAAUUGAGAACAUUUCUUAAAGGACCUUUUGGCAUUUUUUUCUAGGAGUAACAUUUUUGAAUCUCUUGCUUGUUUACAGAAACAUCAACAGGCAGUAUUUAUUUAGAUAAACAGUUUUGUUGUCUACAUGAGACUCUAAUGAUCAUGAGAAAUGAAAGGAAAAGCACUUUUAAUUCUAUGUACGAGGGGAUUAAACCCCCUGUAGGCGUGCAGAGGUGACACCGUUUUGAUUUAUGGAUGUAGGGAAAGAUUCUUGGACAGAAAGGUUUACGUGCAUUUUAUUUUUACACAAAUUUGCUCAUUCAUAGUUAUUUUAGUAGAAGCAGAUCUACAACUGAAACCUACGUGGCAAAUGCCAUUUUUAAUUGAGAUUCAUUACAUGACUCUCUUAGUGAUGUAUUCUCUGCACCAGAGAUAAAAGGUUACAGACGUGUUAAUUAAAGCUGAAGUAGACCUUUAGUCAUCAGCAGUAAAAAGCCAUAAUAAUAAAAUAAAAUAUGGCACCUUACGCUUCUCUAGCGAAUUAAAUCUUACAUUAUAUAUCAAGUAUAGUUUAUUUUACCGGUACAGUAAAGAAAGACACCAGCUCCUGUGCACGGCUCACGAAAACCCAGCACACGACCUGUUUAAUGUGUUCAUCACUAUUUCGUUCUAAAUGAGCACUACCUCUAAAAUAUUCAUCUUUAUUUUUUGGGGAGGUUCGAAACUAAAAUGUCUCAAUAUGUGUAGAAUGUUGGCUUUGAAUUUGUUUGUGUUCUAAAUGUGCUGCUAUCACCUGCAUGUUGCCUUUUGUUAUUCAGUUGUCAAAGACAUGGGGCACUUAAAAAGAUAUAUUAAUAAAACGGGGGAUAAUGUCAUACUGUAUAUGUGGGCAUUAUAUCAAAAUAUGUAUUAUUUUAUUGCAUUUGGAGAUAUUUUCAGAAGUUUAGACUGGUGUGUUUUAUUUUUUUAAUCUGAAAGGCUUUAUUCGUUGGUGUGAAUAGAAAAUAUAAUAAAGUAAUUUUUGUGUGGCCAUGA